AGGAUGGGAUUUUCCUCCUCCUCCCCCUUCUCCUCCUCCUCUCUGAUUUUACUGUAAUCACUUUGCAAGGUUUGCAAUAAAAGCAGGAACAGUACUGUACGAUUCGAAGCCCCCCAGGUCGUCGUCUUCAACACUAGAGUUAACUACAAUUCACACACUCUCUCUCUUUUCUCUCUCUCUCUCUCCCUCUCGCUCAGCCGUUUACGACCAAGGCAUUAGCUUUAUUCUUCCCCCUCUCUGCACACACAGGGGAAAAAAAAUGUGAUUCUCUUUAUUCAAAGGGCUUGAGUCCGGGAAAACUCCAAAUCCUCUUAGCAAUGGCCAGUUCUUAAAAAAAAAAAAAAAAAAUAUCCCAAUAAUGUCGGUAGCUGCACAGCUGAUAGGAGAAGAACCCCGAGUAUUACAGUGCAGUCCACAGAAUAUUCCCUUUGGCUGGCAGAAAAGCACCCAAAUCCAUCUUCACAGAUCGCCUAAAAUGUUCAGCUCUUUCUCCGGAGAGGAUUUUUUUUUUAACAACUCUGCGCAAGGUCAUUAGUCACAAAGCAACGAUACAGAAACUGCAGAAGCCGUUCGCCCAGAAUUUGCAAGGCUGGAGAUAAGAACACAGACACACAACAGUCCCAAGUUUGUUUUUGCAUCCGCAGUUUGUGUGUGCCUUACCUGCAUUUGCACUGCAUGUGUUAUAGCAAUCUGGAUCUGCAGCACUGAGAGCGAUUCACAAAUGAGAUUGCAGUCUCUCUCUCUCUCUCUCUCUCUCUCUCUCCUCUUCCUUCCCGUCCCAAUGCAGGUAACCAGAUCUGAACUUGAUCCUUUCAGUUCAAAGGUUAGCAACAAAACUAUGUGUCCAAAGGCGAUUAUUGGUCUCUCGUAAUUAUACCCGGAGCGGAACAAGAUGUAACUGGAUCCCCCAUGUGAAUUAACACAGAUUCUGAAUUACAUCCAUAUAAAGCGGAAUGGCAAAGGGGAGGGGAAAAGAGCCGCGACGCGAGUGAAAAAAAAAAAAAAAAAAAAAAAAAAACGGAGUUCAAUUUGCAAAUAAAAUUGUAUCAGUCAGUUGUUUCCCGUGAUCUGCACCUCCACAGUGGGUGAAAUCUGCAAUUGUGUAUUCCCUCCUGUGUCUUUCAGAGAAGUGUGGAUCAGGCGCUUUCACGGCAGAGCGGCUUGUGCUUUAAAAUGUUGAAUGGCAAUUGAGAAGCUUCCCACUCGUAAAAAAAAAAAAAAAAAAAAAAAAAAAAAAAAGAACAAGAAGAAGCGGUAAACCGGCAAGUUUGCCCAAAGUGGAGGGAGCUGCUGAAGCCUCUCUCGGUAGCUCUUCCCUGACGCUGCAGCAGCAGAGCCGCCUGCGCUACAUACACACAGAAAGAGAGAGGGACAGAGAGAAAGAGGGAGAGCAGAGAGAGAGCGAGAGAGAGAGAGAGAGAGAGAGCGAGAGAGGGAGGGCGGGAGGGAGGGAGGGAGGAGGAGGAGGAGGGAGGACGAGUCAAGCGCUGCACUCCAGAAAGCUCAGUCUUACCCUCUGUCUCUGCUGCUAGUGCUGCAAGUGGGAUAGCUCCUCACCACAAAACACCAGUUCAGUGCUCAAAACCGAUCCUCAUUUCACAUCCGAGUUUUGCUUCUGUUGCGUUCUCAAACCCGUGAUCUAUAGUGAUUUUCUCCUACCCUUUCCCUCCCCACGUCCGCUAUAGACUGUGAAUCGAGCAACGAUUUUUAAAGCAAAUGUUUGUUCGCCUUUCUUUUCUUCUAUUCUGCAUUGUGCGGAAUCAAGCUGGUAAGGAAACUCGUUUCCCAGAUUCCCACCUUCCCCUGUUGUGUCGGUGCUUUUGUGAAAUAGCUGCAGUCACUGUAACUGCAUAAAACUCCAGGGAGGAAGGGGGACUGCUUUAGAUCUCAGACUUUCGUCCUGUUUCCCAGUGCUGUUUCAGCCUCUCGGUCUUUGCGAUUGUGUUCUUCCUAAUACUAUGUUUUGAAUGUGUCUUUUCAGCAUGUUUGUGGGUAUCCUAGGAGAAAAAAAAAAAAUCCCUCGGAGAUGAUGUUCAGGAAAGGAGCGAGAGGGUUAGUAGAAUAAACACAUGUAAGAAGUGACAGAUUUCCGAACAGAGACUUGCUGCUUCGAUGAUUGCUAAAAUGUAGCGUCACCUACCUGGGUAAGUGAGAAAUAAACUUUAAUGGUAAAGCUCUCCGGCUCAACUUUGCUUAUUCUGACGUCCCUAGUUCGCGUCUCCUUUUGACUUUGAGCCAUUUAAUCGCGUAUGGCUUUUGUGUGCUCCCGCCCUACCCUUGGUGAUGCCUGGCUCCUUACCUGUCCUCUCCGCUCGGAGCCCGGAGGGAAAAGAGGGAGACUCCGGGGGCAGGAGAGCGUGGGGCAGCCGGCGGGGCGAGAACGAGGGUGUGCGGUGUGUGUGUGUGUGUGUGCGGGUGUGUGGCGUGUGUGUGUGUGCGGUGGUGUGCGGGUACAUGUUUGUGUGUGGGCGCGGGUACAUGUAUGUGUGUGCGGGUACAUGUAUGUGCGGUGCGUGUGCGUGCGCGCAGCGAGAGGAAGGCAGCAAUCCAGCUGCUCCUUCUGAUCUGUGAACACAUGUGGGAAAACAAGUUGUUGCGCGUUCUGUAUGUGUUCGUGUGCGCAUUCCUCGUUAUAGAUGGCUCUUUUGAAUAAAAACGCAUGCAGACCAAUGUAGUGCAGUGUCUCUUUCAUCGCGAUGAUAUAUUUGAGCGAAAGGCGGCCGGAUAUGUCGAGGUGGUUCAAAGCAACGGUCACAGCGUGUCUUUGUCAUUUGGGGCGGUGAGUGAUUGUAGGAGGGAGGGAAGGUUGCCACCUCUUUCCUUGAGGAGUCCAGAGACACAGAGGGGCAGAGCCGCGCCGCAUGGAGUCGGCGCUGGGGAGGGAGGGACUGCUCCCUUCUCCGGAGGGCUGCAGGGCUGCUCCUCCGGCGCCUCCUCCGGCCCUGGCACCGGCCCCGGCCGCUCUCUCUGCCUCGCCAGAACACGAAAACCCUCCCCCGCCGCUGCUGGAGACACUCGGCUUUCUAUCUGCAGCAUCAGCGAGAAAGCCCAGCUCGGCGCAGGCUCAGUGCUCACCGCCGCAGUCCCGGACGGAGGAGGGGGGCUCGGGAGCGCAGCAUCUUCGCAGCGGGUUAAUGUCUUCACAUGCAAUCUCCCUCUGAAUGUGCAAUGUCUUUCCUGCUCGGCAGCGCUGCGUCCUUCACAGUGGAUUGGUUCCUCUUUCGGAGCAGAGGAGAGCAUAAAAGAUCUGGCAUAUCUUCAUGAUUGUACUGUGUCAGCUGCCUGUUGAGCAGAAGAUAAAAUACUCAAGCAAGAUGGCAACUCUGAGAAGUUCUGAAGAAGAACCUUUGAUAUUAUAAUUCAAGCACUGUUAUGGAUAAUCGAAUGCUGUGCAGCUCUAUUCCUUUCUGUGCUUCUUAUGGUGAAAGAAAGUGAUUUCAAAUAGAAGGAAGAAAGGAAGAAGUGUCUCUUUCAAGCACUGCUGGAAGGAGUGGCUAAAUGUUCUAAACAUAAUAGAAAUGUCUGAAUUUGCUGAGCCAAUGAUUUAAAUUGAGGUAGGCUUGAGUGAGAUCUUCUUAGAGAUGUGAGCUCUGACUUCCCUUCAAUUUAGUGAGUGGAUCUUAUGAGGGAGUAAAUUUGAAAGGCUGGCCAUGUGCUGGCUGUGUGAGGGUGCUGCUGAGCCUUGGUGCAGUUGGCAAAGGAAGGUGUGUGUCCCAGAGGCAGUGCAGAGCAUUCUGCCUCAGCACACUUCUGCAGAAGUGUUGGGGGAAAGCCAGCAUUGUGUCGAAGCCAUGAAGUCUGAAACCUCAUUUUUAAAGCAUUAUUCUUUUUGCUUUCUCACCAUUAUUUCUCUUUUGAUUUGGUUUUUUUGUUUUGUUUUGUUUUUGUUUUCCUUUUUCCCCCUCCUCCUCUAAGGAAACAGAAAACCUGCCACACACAGUAAGAUAUAGUUCAGUCCUGUUAUCAGAAAUAUUUAUUGAUUUCUACUCCUCCCCUCAUCUGUUUUUUUAAAUGUCUAAUUAUUGUAAAGCUUUCCUAUAACUAGAGAAAGGAGAUAAAUAAUGUGGUAAAUAUUACAAUUAUUUUAAAUAUAUUUUGACAGUAUUUUAGAUAUAUAACUAGUUCCAAGUUGUUGUCAUUUUUAUAUAAAGAAUGAAAGUAACACUAAUUCUUUGGCUAUAGGUAUAAAUCAUCGUGUUGAGCCUGAUACUAUCUUACUCCUAUCAAAAAUGCAACCUACAUUAUAAAAAUGAAGUUUUCGUUCAGGUUUAUCUAUUUGAGUGAGGACACUGAUAACAAGUUUAUCUGUUAGCUAAAAGUAAUUAUAAAACAAUAAUAGAUGACAUAAUUUAAGAGAUAAGUACUCAUACAUAGAUAAAAUUGCAAAAUCUUCAUUUAGUCCUAUCAUGAUGUCUUUAACAUAUUAUCAUGUACAUUUAUUUCCAGUGGA